CCCUCACCUCACCUCCUAGCUACUGGAUCACCACUCCGAACCCCGGACCUUCUAACUUAAGUUGGCAAGGUCCGAAUGACGAGUUGCGUCGAGCGUAAGGAACAAGGAAUGCCCGACUUUUGCCCCGCGCCCAGACUUUGGUGGUGCGAAUCCCGACCCUAGCCGACACGACUUGCCGUGUUGACGUAAAAAGGCCUCCGGCCCCCCUCUUUUGAUUGGCACUCCGAUUCGGAUGAUCCAGCGAGAAAACUGGAGGCGAUGACUCGAUGCUUAUACCCCUUCCACCCCUUCCACCUUCUUCGAUCCUUCUUCAGUUCAACCUCAAUCUCCAUUUAUCACUGCAAACAAGAAACUACAAACAUCUUAUCCGCGAACUUUCCAUACGACGAAAAAAAAAAAACAUGACGGUCCAUGCCAACUCCCCCGCGGCGCAGGACAACAAGCUCUGGGUCAAGACGCCCCUCAUUGAAUCCCAUGGCCUUUCGGAAGAAGCAGGAUGCAGAGUCUUCCUCAAGCUUGAUAAUUUGCAGCCGUCAGGCUCCUUCAAGAGCAGGGGCAUCGGCAAUUACAUGAAGUGCAGAGUUCUCGACCAGCCACCCGGAGUUAGCGGUAUUCAUUUCUACGCCGUCUCCGGUGGGAAUGCCGGCAUUGCCUGCGUCCACGCGGCCCGCGUGUUGGGAUAUCCCGCGACCGUCGUGGUGCCAACCACGGCGAAGCCGGCCAUUGUGUCCAAGUUGCUGAACCUCGGCGCGACCGAGGUCCUGCAGCAGGGCAGCACCAUCUUGGAGGCGGACGAGUAUUUGAGGAAGGAGAUCCUGUCCAAGGGCGACCCGCGCAUGAUCUACGUGCCCCCGUUUGACCAUCCUGACGUGUGGGAUGGCAACGCGACCGUCAUGAAAGAGAUAUCCUCCCAGCUUCCUGACGGAGGGAAGCCAGACGUCGUGAUAUGCAGCGUCGGCGGCGGUGGCCUGCUCAACGGCGUCAUGAGAUUCCUUGACGGGCGUGGCUGGUCCGAUGUCGAUGUCGUCGCCAUGGAGACGGAGGGCGCCGACUCCCUGAGGGCUUCCCUCGUGGCUGGCAAGCUGGUGACGCUCAAGCGUAUCACCUCCCAGGCCAAGAGCCUCGGUGUCGCUAGAGUCUCCGCUACCACGUUGGAGUACGCGCAGCGGCCUCAGGUCAGGAGCGUCGUGUUGCCCGACAGUGAGGCUGCACGGGGCUCUCUGCUCUUUGCCCAGAAAGAGCGGAUGAUGGUUGAGCUGACCGUGGGUGUGAGCGUUGCUGUUUGCUGCGACGGAAGACUCAGCCAGAUCCUCGGCCGACAAGUCGCCCCGUCGGAGAAGGUAGUCAUCAUCGUUUGUGGUGGCAAUGAUAUUUCAGUCGAGACACUGGCCUUGUGGACAGAGCAGUAUGGUCGAUGA